AUGCCAAAUGUUGACUACAGAGGAAUCGGCGGUGCUGAUCAUGGCGUGAAGGGCCGUUUCCAAGACCACAAGAAUCCAGUGUAUCGCGCGGGCCUCUCAAAACAGCUCUUCUACCAGAAACUGAACGAGGUUGGCCACUACAAUGUUGAGGUUGUGACGUUGGCGAAAGUGCCAAGAGAUUCAGAGGACUGGAUCAACAAUCCAGAUGAGAUCCUGACCGUUCUCAAGCACACGAUGGUCAUGAUAGACCUCGUGGCCAAGGAUGAAACUACUCGGAAGUACACCGAGCUAUCGGAGUACGGCUCCAUGCCGAUGCUGCCAAUCAUUCCGACGGAAAAGUCUGCCCCUCUUCUCGGGAGAGGCAAUUCUGCACGUGCCAUCAUUAUCAGAUCAUAUGUGCUGAUUUAUUGCAACAGCAAGCUUCAGCGCCAAUGA